AUGCAGAUGCUGGGGGGUCUCACCCUGCUGGCCUUGGGGAUCUGGGCCUCGGCCGGGGGGCUCUUCCUCCAGACUCUCGGGACCUUCUCCACCCAGGCCAUGCAGUUCAUCAACGUGGGCUUCUUCUGCAUCGCCGUGGGCGUGGUGCUGGCGCUGCUGGGCCUGCUGGGCUUCUGGGCGGCGCACCGGGAGAGCAAGUGUCUGCUGCUGAUGUUCUUCUCCAUCGUCCUCAUCAUCUUUAUCGCUGAGGUGGCGGCCGCGGUGGUCGCUCUGGCCUACUCUUCAUUUGCGGAGGGAAUCCUGAGAGCAUGGGCAACCCCUGCCCUGAAGGAGCAGUACGGCAACGACCCUGUGGUCACGAAGAUCUGGAACACGACCAUGACAGAGUUGAAGUGCUGUGGAUUCACCAACUACACAGACUUUGAGGACUCCCGCUUCACACGCGACAACAACGGCGGCCUGCCCGAGGACUGCUGCCGGGGGAAUGGCACCUACUGCAGCCCCCAGCGUGCGCUGAAGGACAACGUGGAGGGCUGCUUUGAGGAGCUCCUGGAGCUGGUGCAGACCAACGCUGACGUCGUGGGAGGGGUAGCGGCCGCGAUUGGUGCUAUGGAGAUUGCAGCGAUGGUGGUUUCAAUCUACCUCUACUGUCACCUGGACAACCGAGAAACCAUCAAAGCCUGAAGCUAGGGGACGAACCAGCAUCCUGGGGUUCACCGCUUUAAGAAUGGACCUAAAGCAUCUCUGACGCUGCUUUGUUUUGAAAUUAAUCUCCAGCCAACCUUUUAUACCUGGCUAAUUAUGCAGUCACAUACCUUAUGCUGAAUUAUUCGUAGUAUUUAAAACUUAAUUUUGUAUAUUAGGGUUUGGUGGAAGGACUUUAGUUUUCCGUAUGAAGACAUAAAAGAAGAUAUAUAAUUGCCAAUAAAAGCUAAAAGAAAUGCAUGUCUGUACCAUACAUCAGGCUUUAGAAUAGAAAAACAACUCCCUUUUGAAUACACAAUAACAUCACAGGAGUCUGUGCUAGUCCAGUACUGUA